AUGAGCGACGUCGCGCGACGGCUCGAUGGAUUCGACGUCGUCGGAGACGCGGGAGAGGCGCUGGAAGACGCGGCGAAGACGGUGAGUAAGCUCGCGUCGGAUGCCGAGCAGGCGGACCUGGUGGAACUCCUGAGAGAGGCGCCGAGGGAGGCGUACUCGUUCCAGAACACCGGUUGGCCGACAGAUGUGGUGGGGUUGAAGACGGAAGAGCUCCCGGGGGUGGUGCUGGAGCGGUACAACACGAGACAGUCGGUGUGCUUUUGCGGCGUGCUGCCAGAAAUUUCGCGCGCGUGGGCCUCGGUGGACAACACUUUAUUUCUUUGGCGGUUGGACGUCGUGGACGAUGUGCCGGUGGAAUACAGCGGAGAGGAACAGGCGAUCGUGGCGGUCGGACUGGUGAAGCCGAGGAGUGGGGUGUUCUUAGAGGCGAUUUCGUACGUGCUGGUGGUGGCGACGACGGUGGAGCUCGUCAUGGUGGGUCUCUGUUUAGAGGAUGUCGGUCGAGAGUUGACGCUGCAUCCACUGCAAUACUCGUGCCCGACCGAUGCGACGAUCAUGAAUGACAUCGCAUCGACUCCUGAUGGACGCAUCUUUCUCGCUGGAGCGGACGAGGCGCUGUACGAGCUCGUGUACGCGCAGAGCGAUACGUGGCACAGCAAGAGAUGCAAAAAGGUGAGACACAGUCAAAACUUGUCCUCGCUUCUGCCGUCGGUGUUGCGGUUGAAGGGUUCGGAUGCGUUGAGGCAGGUUAUAGUAGACGACAAACGCGGGAUAUUGUACACGCGAAGCGAGCAGGGCGUGGUGGUGGUGUACGACGUCGGAGCGAGCGCGAAAGACGCACCACGAAAGGUCGUCGAAGUCAAAAGCAUCGCACAGCUCGCCGCGCAGGCUCGUGGCCAGGGCUCUAUGUUUGCGUCCGCGACGUCAUCGGUGAAGAGAGGGGCAAAAUUGGUUCACAUCGCCAUCGUACAACCGGAAGAAUCGACAGUGGUGACCUUGGUGGCGAUUUGCGCCGACGGUAGACGUAUUUAUCUCACCGCUCUUCCACCCGCUCGAGGUUAUUCCUACGGUGUGGCCUCGGGCACAGGUGUCUCGCGUCAAGGGCCGUCUCGACUGUCCGUCGUGGAGCAGCGCGACCCGCCGCCGCAAGGUGGGAACCAACGAGGCAUGACGACUGCGCAAGCUCUCCUGAACACGACGUCGAGAGCAUUGGAGAUCGAGGCUGGCUUUUACAGCAGCGGUGUCUUGCUGCUCUCUGAUGCGACACCGAACGAUUCGGAUGCUCGAUUGAUUUUGUCCAACAGAGACCUCGCGCUGCCACCACAUUUGCAGCUUCCACCGCCGACGCCACCGCCGAGCUCUGGAAGCGGCACUCGAGGCCUGCGUGAAGUCGUUACGUUGCAGCGGCUCGAUGGACGGUGUGCGUCCAGUCUCGGUUCACUUGGUGAAAUACCGAUGCCUAAGAGCGUCAGGGAGGCAUUAGAUCCCCCGUACCCGACCGGUACGCUCCCGGAAGCGCGAGUCAAGUCGGUGGGUCUGCUCUCGGAGCUCGUCACGCAGUACAUGUGUCCGAGGCGAACCUUUGUGCUGAUGACCAACACCGGCAUCGUACGUUUCGAGAAGGCACGACCGAUUGACACCCUUCGAAGUGUGCUCGAAAAGAAUAUUCCAGAGCAAAUAGAGGAGUUCUUCAAAAGCUAUGGCCCGAUCGAAGCUGCAGCAAUGUGCGUCGCGCUCUCUGUUUCUGGAAAUGAAUCGAAUGCCGUUAUUCUCGCUGCAAAACGCGCUUUCGAUGACCCUCGGCUCACAGGUGAACCGAACAUAGCGCAAGAUAGUUAUACGGCGAAUCAAGAAAACAAUGGUGGGUCGUUCAACAUGGGACGUGCGAUCGUGCAGCCCGUGCUGACUUUUUCCUCGGCGCAACGCGGUAUGUACUUGUUCACAGCUCGUAUCAUGUCUAGCACGUGGGAACGCGCAAUCAUCGUUCCUGUGCGCGCGCCUGUCCAAACGACCUCGAACGGGGGCUCGAGACCGUUGUCACCGGCGAUGAAGAUAGCGAACAAGGCGUUAGGUGCGGUGCAAGCUGCCGCUCGGUACAUGAGCGAGGAACCCGCGCUGCGUUGCUCGAUGGACAUUACUCUUCUGAAAAACUUGCACGAGCGAUUGAUCCCGUUGGUUGCGUUCUUGAAGCAACGUCGCCCGCGCAUUAGUAGCGGUGCGAACCUGUCCGCAAACAAGCGAAGACGAGUUCGUUCGAAUGGGACUGAGUUGACGGCGCUUCAGGAGGAGGAGCGCAGUCUCGCCGCUCUUUCCGCUUUGGUUAGCCGGACGGCCCAGGCUUUGUCCUUCAUUAGCAUAAUCGUCGCCGAUGAACGAUUUUCUCGAGUCGCGGACACGCUGCCAUCGGCAGUUCGCAAGGAGCUGUCACAGCUCUCUUUGAAGAAGUUGGUUUCCACGACGCAAGGUGCCCGUUUGGCGGGAGCGCUGAUCGAGGCCAUGAUGUCUCACAUCAUGGCUCACGCUCGACAUAGCGCGGAAGAGCUCGCGACAGAAUUGCAGAAGGGAUGUCCAGACUUUUUCGGUGCCGAUUCGAGGACUUUUUACCACGCGCGAGAUUUACUGCAGUUGGCGCGCGAUGCGCGCGCAAGAAAGGAAAACGCUUUGCGGGAUCAAUAUGUGAACGAUGCCAUUGCGCUAUUCAUGAAAGUGCCUACAGCUGGAGAUUUGUCGAGUGUGUGCGCUGAGCUCGUUGACCUUCGAGCGUUUCACGGUGUGACCGCCGUUCCUCUCGCCGCCGCAGCGGCUCUGGAAGCGCGGGCUGAAGAAAUUCGUUACGCGUCUGCGGCGCAACCAAAUGUGGACAUGGUGGAUCUCCAAUCGUGCUUCGAGGUGACUUGCACGACGAUUCGCGGUCUCGCUACCGGUCGGGCCGAUUCAGAUGCCGAACCCGGUUCGCUGAGCCGCGUGGCUGCCGAGCUUCCGGAGGAUAUUCGUGAACGAGGUCUCGUGAAGAUUCUUGAGCAGCUUCAACACGUCUCCGGUGCUGAUUCCCAAGACUUUAUGCACCGCGUCUUCGCCGAGUUGAUUUCGGUCAAGCGAGACGGUAUGCUCUUGUCGUUACCGGCCGCUAUUUUGGAGCCAUAUCUCGCCAGCAAGAGCGCUUUGACUGCCGCGCAGCAAGGCGGCGCGCUCACGCCAGGCGAGGCGAGAAACCUCGACCUCCUGGCUCGACUGUAUGCGGCUCGCUCGCUCUUCGGAUUGGCUGCACAAGUGGAUUGUUCAUUAGCCGAGCGACGAUGCGCAAACGACGAGACGUUUACGCUGGAUCAUCGCAUGGCUCUGUAUGAGCGCGCGCUCUCGCACGCGAGAAAGUCAGUUGAUGGGGGCAUCACAAACGGCUUGGACGCUUCGUUCUGCGAAAACGUUGAUAGCAAAAUCAAGCUUCUUGACAUGCAGCGUCGCAUCUUAGGUGUUUGCGUCGAGCGUUCGCGUCAAGCGCGAGAGGCAGGAUCGUCGAACGCUCCGGAAGAAACGUUCGUGUACGAGCUCGAGCGUGAGUUGAAGCAGCUGAGCGACUUGUACAACGAUUUCGCCAAGCCGUGCGAGCUGUGGGACAUAUGCUUGGAGAUGUUGCACUUCUCACAGUAUCACGAUCCCGACGGUGAGAUCGCGUGUGAUUUGUGGGACAAGCUUCUCUUGAAGGCAGCCGCUCGCGCUCCUAGCGCGUCGACGUGCGUUCGAGAAGCUUGCCUCGCCGUGCGCGAGCUGGGCGUGAAGCUCUUCCCCUCGGAUGUCGCUUUCCCCGUCGUUCACGUCGCGUUGCGUUUAGAGCUCAUGGCUGCGGGACUAUGGGGUGUCCCGGACGUUGCCGUCGAGGCACAAUCGGAAGAUGAUUACGACUCGAGUGAGGUAUCCGAUGCACUCGUAGUUGCGUGCAAAGGGCUCGCUGAGCCCGUGCAGCGCGCGUACGAUAAAUUGCUCGCGACGCCGGCACAGCGUAUGCACGAUAAGCGUCUCUCGCGCGUGGACGCACUUCAAACCCCGCGUAUGCGUGUGCGUUUGCUCCGGUCCGUGUACUUCGUGUUACAGUUAUGGGAUCAGUCCCUUGUGCCGAAAUCUACGGCGUACGGAGCGUACGCCACCGGAGGACACGUGCGCGCGGCUAUCGGCGACUUGUGCGUAAGCUACGCCUCGGAGAGUCGACGCAUGCAGUGUCCGAACGAGCACAUCCGAGCGAGCGCGGAGGAACUCGCUGCGGCGUUUGACACGUUCGGACGACGACUUCUCGCCUAG